UAAUGUGUUCCUAUAUCAUGUGAUUUGACAAAAUGGCGAGAAUGGCACAGACGUUGUUUGCUUUGCUGUCUGUUAUUUUAACAAGCCAAGCUUCUUUGCUAUGCAAUGUUCCAUCAAAAUUUUGGUGCGAUUCACCAGAAAUCGCUCUUAAGUGUGGGGUUUACGAGCAGUGUUACAAACAGCAGUGGCCAGUGCACCAGGAUGCCAAAGUUGUUAAUUUCACUGUUUAUUAUGAGAGUCUUUGCCCUGACUGUAAAAAUUUUAUUACCACCAUGUUGUUCCCUUCCUUCCUGAAAAUUGGAAGCAUCAUGAACUUGACCGUGGUACCAUACGGCAAUGCACGUGAAAAACAAGUCGGUGAUCACUGGGAGUUUGAGUGCCAGCAUGGAGAGCAGGAAUGUGUUGGUAACAUUAUUGAUACGUGCACCAUCGCCCUGGUCAAGAACAUUGCAGUCUACUUUCCUUUCAUCAGUUGUAUGGAAGCUUCUUCAGCCAAGCCACUGGAUGCUGCCAAAGUGUGUGCUACAAAGUAUCCUGUCCCAUUGGAUGCCAUCCUGAACUGCAGUAGGUCCAGCUUUGGGAACAGGUUAGAACAUGAAAUGGCAGUACAGACGGAAUCCUUGCAGCCACAACAUCAGUAUGUUCCCUGGGUGACUCUAAAUGGAGUCCAUACUGAAGAGAUUCAGACAGAAGCACAAGAUAAUCUGGUAAAAUUGAUCUGUGAUACAUACAAGGGGUCGAAACCACCAGGGUGUAGUGAGUCCUUAAAAACGAAACAGCUCUGUAAGAAGGAGUUUUAAUAGAAGUCAUUCAGUCUUUCAUUUUGAAUGUGUAUUAUUUAUUUUUAUUUUUUUUUAAUUAUUAUAAUUCUGAUAAAUGAUUAUCUGAAAGAAAAAUUGUAUAUAAUAUAUUUAUUUCUAUUUUCUUUAUGGGGUAUGUAAUAUUGCAAAAAUACUAUCACAAAUUGGCACAAGAUUAGGAAUUUUAAAAAACUCUUGAUCUGAAGAAGCAAUGUCAUGAUUUCUCAAAUUAAUUAGUGUCAUUUAAUUCUAUUCAAUCACAGUUUUGACCUUAAUAUCUUUUCUGAUUUUAUCAUAGUUUUGUUUGUUUGUUUUUUUUUUGGUCUCAAAAAUUUUUUCCUUCCCUUUCCGUGGCAACUUCUUUCUUUACAAGUAAAGGUCAUCAGGAAGUAGAAGCAGCUCAGUUGUUAUCUCUGUGAUUAUGUGCCCUUUGUAUCAGUCAGUAUGAUCCACACACACAUUGGACAAUGUUCAUUAAUUACAUUUAAAACAAUAUCAGUAGUGUCUUGAAAAUUUGCUCCUCAAGGACACCCGACUGGGUGUGGGGGGAAUAGUUUUUGUUGUAUAUUCUCGUUAUAUCAGCAAGGCCUGCAUAAAGUUGUUCUUUGGUCUGUCUUAUCACAUUUAGUGACAUCAUUUAAUUUAAUGAUGUAAAUGUGUUAAAAAUUCCUUGAUUGAUACUAAAUAAGGGUUUAUAACAAAAUGCAAAUACAUUUUUUUGUCCUUAAAAAAAAAUCCCAUGAUGCCUCACAAUUGAAAGUGUUUGUCUUCAUAAGUUAUACAUACUGUUCCUUUGUUCAAUACCGUUCCAGUUAACCCAUAAUUUUCUCUAUUCCAUCUGUCUCAUUGAUUCCCCCCUCACCCUUAAGCAGUUUUCGGCACUCCUCAAUAUUUACUUGAGAAUUUCUACCGUGUUUAUACAGGGUCAUUCUUUAAGCAAUCUUCCAAUAUUAGUUUUAUUUUGAUAUUUUACUAAAAAGAUUUUAUUGUUUGCAUUAAUAUUAUUUAUACUAUUUUGUUGCCUUCUAUUGACUUUUGGUAUAUUCUUAUAUUUGGCCAGUUAUGUCAUUUCUUAUUUUGCACAAAAACACCA